AUGGGCGCGGUAACCCUGCAGUCAUCGCUGGGAAACCCCACGCUGCAGCAGCGAGGGGGUAGAGAAGUUGUCACAGAGUACAAAGGAGUUUUUGAGAUGUUUAACAAAGAGGGAAACGGAGAUGUGAAGACACAGGAGCUUGAGAGGCUGAUGAGUUUAAUGGGGAUCAAUCCUACAAAACGAGAGCUCAGCCAGAUGGCCAAAGACGUGGACAACAAUGGUAAAGGGAUGUUUAACUGUGACAGCUUCCUGGGUCUGAUGGCACUGUACCACGAAAGAACCAAAAACCAGGAUGCUGAACUCAAAGCGGCUUUUAAAGUAUUUGACAAAGAGGCCAAAGGAUAUAUCGCCUGGAACACACUCAAGUAUUCGAUGAUGAAUGCAGGGGAACCACUUAAUAAGAUUGCGGCAGAGCAGAUGAUGAAGGAGGCAGAUAAAGAUGGAGGUGGAACCAUUAAUUAUGAAGAAUUUGUGGCCAUGAUGACUGAGGACCCGUUCAAAAUGAACUGA